ACCGGAGGGAUUCCUUAAUCAGGUAUACACCUUGUUGAUGUGUGCUUGAAUUUGCCUUACAUCGAGUUGCACUUAGGAUGUUGCAGGAGACUUCCGCCAAACUGACAAAGCUGCAUAACCGUCGUCCUGAAUACAUAUCCGUCACACAAGCUAUCACUGGAUGCUCCAGUGAAAUUGACCGUUAUCUGAUUGAUUGUUUGUGGUCAUCCCAAAUGCAAAAUCACCGUGACAUGCAUGAAAUAUCAGUAAUUCUACAGCAGCAGCAGGAUCAUCAGAAGCUACUGAUGACAAUGCAAAGCCUCAUAAUCCAUGGACAGUCCUCUGUAGGACCGACUGCAACACAGUCAAUCGGGGCUGUCGAACUUGGCUGUGUGACACUAGUAGAUGCAACAGGCCACGAACAUCCAAUAUCAGUGAACUUCUGCACCUCAUUUCAGCAACUCCAUGAGAUGUUCCAAGUUCUGUUUAAACGUGACUCGAUCGAAGCUCGAAUUCAAAGACAGUAUAUGGAGGAAGGACAGCACGAUUUGUGCAUUGACGACGACAAACAAGUAACCCGACUCACACGCCACGAAUGGCCAAACAUUGAAGCAGGCACGAAGAUUGUCAUGAGGGUUAUCAUUGAACAGUCGACACCAUCAUCCGCUCAAAUUGACUACCGAUGUCAGUUUUGCAGUGCUGUCAAUCGUGCUAGCCUUGGGUCUAAAUGCUCUAUUGAUUGUCGAGUAUGCAAACGACGAUUUCAGAUAUCCUGCGAACCUUUCUAUGCAGAGGGGGACAUUCCUGACACAGAAGUGCAUUACCUUAUUCGCAACUUUCUCGUCCAGCAAACUGUUGUGGCUACGAUGUCAGAAAUGAUUCAAAGGAGGGAAUAUCUGCAAGCUGGCAUAAAUGCCUUUGAGCAAUCUAUCCAAACUGUGCUCGCACAAACUACGAGAGGCUUCCCCGAUGAAUUAUGGUCGGCGAGGUUAGAAAAGAUGCGCAAAGAACUCCACAGUCGCAAGGUUCUCUUUCUCAGAGUUAACCAGGCCAUCCAGCUGGUUCCAAAUACCCCUGGUGUAUCCAACAUCUCUGUAUUGCCCGAUGUAGCGAGGCGUAAAACUAGCGGUCCUUCGCAACUUUCAAUGCCAGGUCAGGCCCAUCCCAUAAAUUCCCGACAGGAUGGUCAGAUACGACGCCCAGGUGUUUGUCCCACACGCUCUAGCCCCAUUCCCCAGUGGCUAAUAUGAGCAACGAAAGACUGCGAAAGAGAAACCAAAGACUCUGUACUGGUAGGGAGUUCGGAUAGAGUAUCAAGCGUAUGUAUCUCACCUCGAUCUUGGUGGAAAGGGCUUAGGUGGGACGACACAGCUACGCUAACUAUGAACCUGUCUGUAUAGGGGAUGAUGUAAUGCUACAGCUACCGCGACAUCACACCAGCGAGAACGAUAGCAAAUGGAAACAAGUAAAGGAGGGCAACUCUUUGUGUGUCCAGUCCUC